UCUUGUUUUCUUAUUUGCGUGCAGUCGAUCUGUGGUACACCGUUUUAUUUAUUUGCUUGUGGUAUUUUUCAUUUUAAUGGCUAAAAGAGCUGCAGGUUUGGUGAUAUUUCGUAAAAUUGGCGAACAGAUUCAAUAUUUGUUGUUGCGCGCGUCUUACGGUGAUUUUCAUUGGAGUUCACCGAAAGGGCACGUCGAUCCGGGCGAAGAUGAUUUUACGACAGCUUUGCGAGAGACCAAAGAGGAAGCCGGGUAUUCCGAGGAAGACUUAAUUAUCUUUAGGGAUAAACCAAAGAUAUUGAAUUACAAUGUAAAGGGAAAAUCGAAAGUGGUUAUUUAUUGGUUAGCGCAAUUAAGAGACUCUAGCAAGGAACCAAUAUUAUCAGACGAACAUACUGAAAUGAAAUGGCUAACAAAAGACGCUGCAAAAGAAAUUGUUGGCUAUAAGGAUAAUCAGGAAAUGAUUGACGAAUUCCACGAAUACAUUCUUAGUUCUUCGUAAAUGAUUUUCAGCAAUUUUUUAUGUUUCAUUUUACUUGGUACAUUUAUAUGUUACAUAUCUAACUUAAUCCCGUUUUCUCAAUAUCUAGUUAAUAUUAUCCUUAACCACUGGUAGCUUAACAGGAUGCUAGAUUUAACUGACGGAACCGUUUUCAACGAGUUGUGGUUAGCUUACCUAGAGAUAGUUUGAUUAUUGUAACAGACAAUGAAAGAAUGGCCCUCAAAAUAUUAAAUUCAUUGCCUGUUCAAUAAAAGAUUUUAAUAAGUAAAUCCUUGGGAAUAAUUAGACAGUGUUUUUAAUUUACUUGAACUUCUAUAGCCAACAAGUAAUUUCAAACUAAAAAUAUAUCGUUUAUCGGUCUAUAUAAUUGUGCGAUAAUAGCGACUUACUCAAGGGUUAAAAAUAUAAAUACAUAGAAAUUCAAACACAUUAAAUUGACAAGUUAUUUAGGUAAUAUAAACAAAAUAAAAUCUGCAGACGAUUGGAAAUAGA